AUGUCGAAGUUGCAUUUGGAGAUUUCGAGACUCCGUGAUCGAGCAAUCCAGGAAAUACCACGAUUGCGGCGACUUAUCAACGACUACGAAGAAUUUGUCGCGAACGAGGAUUACAUAUCAAUUGACCUCGAUUGCAAUGCAGUUGUUGAACUACGAAAGUUACUAAGGACUGAAUCCAACGGCGUAGACGAAAAACAGCCAUUGAUCGAGCCACUAUCACCACCGGCACUUGAUGCAGAAUCAACCAGCCAGCCUGGGAGGGUUACCAGUGGAGCUUUCGAUGGUUUUGAAAGCGAGGAACCUAAUGAUCCAAAAAUACCCGUAUGUUCGAUCCCAACACAAUCGCAGCAAAAGGAUACAGUAUUCAAAAGUAUGGAGAAAGUUAACCGAGUCUUCAAUUCCAGGGUUCCUGGUUCAAUCGAAAGACCAUUAAUCAUACAAGCCUUCCGAUGCACGGAAGAGAACCCUAGCACUUACUAUACUAUGGUUUCUGAGGAUACAAUAUUUUCCACCAUACCUAUGCUACGCGUGUUGUUUGAAGGAAAGAUCGGUGGAGGCGUGAAAGAUGACGAUGAUAUAUGUCACGACCCAGAAAGGUCGACCAAACUGAAGAUUAAGGUGCCUGGAAAGAUUGUAUUUAUACACAAUGUCAUAACCUCGGAAUUUCAUGACGCCAAUAUGAACUACGGCACUAUAGCACAGUGGCCUAAGUUGAGAUCUGCCAUUUCAACCGAGGCGGACUUGGAGAACAUUCGAAAUUUAGCUGAUUUCCUCCUGGUCAGCAAGAGUGAUAGAGAGAUCAUGCACAAGCAGCUGUCUUCUUACAUCAAGAAAAGAAAAUAUUUACCUGCUGCUCGAUGUGGACAAACUUCAAAUAACAAUCAGCAGACCGUUUCUGCAAAGAGGGAAUCGUCAUACGAGGGAGACACAAAUAACAAGAAGGCGAGAUACGAAAUCAUUGAUUUAACAGGGGACGACAAUCUCAGAAAGCAGAAACCUCGCGCGGGGUACAUUUACGCACGCGAGAGAGUGUCAAGAAAGCAUGAGGAUCCCUACCUCCCUGGCGGAAAUGCCGUUCUUCACGACCCAGAUCGUGAAGAGCCGAGUGAUUGGAGAGGCGAUACCGCUACUGGACCAAGUAGUCGUGGGACGGAUGAUCACAUGGAUAAGUGCAUUUUGAUUCAAAGCUUGACCGCGAGCGUAGAAUAUGAACAUUGUCUACAAAAAGUCAUGUGGGUAACUGAAGAAUCCAGUUUGCUUUCUAGUCUGAUUAAGGGCUAUGCCACCCCAUCAGAACCUGCACUCGAGGGUAUGGUCAAUCUAGAUGACUGGCAUGAAGGGGCUGUCUGUGUUAGUGUGGAUUGGAAUUCUGUAAUUAGAUACUACGCAGUGAAGAACAACCAAGAAGCGGUGAUGAUCCAGGGAUGGGGUGUGGAAAUGGCAUCUAAGGCAUUGGGACCAUGGCUCGAGAGAGUUGGUAAGAGCUGCGAAUACUGGGUGGAAUGGGAACCUGAAGUACUUGAGAAGGCGUGUGUGGUCAAGAAAUUCAUUGGUGCGACCGAUCGACGCUGCAAUACACGAUCCUUGGUCUAA